AGGAACUCUUUCCAGUGUCAGUUUUUAGCACAAGCGAUUCACCAAACUUCAAGUUGAUAGAAACAGAGAAUAAAACAAAAAUAACCCCCUGAAAGGUAAACGUGUCAGAAAGAGAUUAGUUAUGAGACGAGUUUUUGACAAAGGAAAUUAAGAGUUUUUGACAAUGAACAAAUCAACACAAUUAAGAAUUCAUAGGGUGAAAACAAACAGGGCAACAAGGAUGAUGUGUAAUUACAUCACAGCCAGUGACCACACUGUUGGCAGCGACACUUCACCUAAACUUUGCACGGCCUUUUUAGGUUUCCAAACGAUAACAGAACCCACAACUGACGUAAUGCAGGAUAGGUUGUCAGCACAAAUCCAGUUAGUUUGGUCAGAAAGUAGUCUUCUCCUGUGCUUUGUCUAAAAAGUCAUGGUUCAAGUGCAAUUCCAAAUUACACAUUAACUAUUUUAUUGCAAACGUUUUAGUUUAAAGUGCUGGUUUCUCACACCGGCUGAUUUCAAAGCAGUCGUCCUCUCUGUUUGUCAUGACUUUAGAUCUGGGUGAGUUCACACGUUCAGUCUAGUCACUUGAAUUCAGUUUAUGAUCUCCCAUGAUUGUUGUUAGUUGUUGAAGUAAAAACUUUUUUUUUUGUGUAACUGUGUACUCAUUAUUGCUUGUUCGUCUCUUGCAAUUUAGAUAAAUGAUAUAACAUUAAGCUCAAGGUGGUUGAAUCUCAAGCGGUAGGGAGGCGGAAGCAAGCCAUGGGAGCUCCGUGCCCACUGAUCCCACGGGACUCACUGAAGACACCGGAACUCACCCAGAUAGCAAAAUGAUGCAGAUCAAUCUGACGGGUUUCCUGAAUGGGAGGAAUGCCCGGGAGUUCAUGAAGGAUCUGUGGCCCCUGCUGCUCAGUGCCCAGGAAAACAUCGCCGGCAUCCCGUCUGCUUUUCUGGAACAGAAGAAAGAAGAAAUUAAACAGAGACAGAUUGAACAGGAGAAGUUAGCGUCUCUGAAGAAGGUGGACGACGACAAGAAGGAGAAAGAAGCCAGGGAGAGAGCUCAAUCCAAAAGCCCACGCAGGCGAAAGACCAGGUCGCCAUCACCUCGACGGCGUUCGCCAGUAAAGCGUGAAAAGAAGCGUAGCCCCUCACGCUCACCGAGACGUAAAUCCAGCCCGCUCGUCAGCAGCUCCCCUCCCCCGCCUCUGAUGCAGCUGCCCGCCAAACAUUCAGAGCAGCUCGCAGAACCGGACAUGUCAGGCAGGCCCGUGCCCGAACCCGUGGUCCAAGAAGCUUCUUCCGCCUGUGACACAGUUGUUGAAGUCGUCAAAGCCGACUCGGUCACACAGGUCAAAGAACCCACCCCUGAGAAGGUGAACAAGAAAGAGGAGCGGCCCAGGUCACGGGAACGAGAGAAGGAAACCAGAAGGGAAAAACCACACCAUCGAUCCCGUUCUCAUUCUCGGUCUCGCAGACGUCGCUCACGUUCUAGGUCUCACUCUCCUCGUAGGAGACCAAGUCCCAGGAGGCGAAUGUCCCCUCGCAGAAGGAGUCCACCUCGACGAGGUCCCCCCGCCUCCAGGCACCGUCACAGACGUUCUCCAAUUCGCAGGAGGCGCUCUCGUUCUGCCUCAUCCUCUGGUAGCAGCAUUUCGGGCUCUCGCUCACCGAAAAAAGUUUUGAAACGAGUAUCGACCACACCUCCCCGGAAACAAAUGCCUUAUCGAGACGCUUCCACCAGCCCAGCCGGUAAGGACAGACGGUCCCCAUCUCCCAGGGCAAGAAAAGGACGGAGUUCAGUUUCUCCACCGAGAUCAUCAGGUUUAAAGGCCAAGCCUGGAAGAAGAGCCGACUCUCCUGUGAAGCCCAGACACUCAGAGGAGUCUGAGUCAGAGGAGGAUAAAAAUGACAAAGGGGCAACAGCAGAUUCAGUGCAGCAGCGACGUCAGUAUCGCAGGCAGAAUCAACAAUCGUCCUCAGAUACUGGGUCUUCAUCUUCAGAGGAUGAAGCUCCCAAGAGGCCAGCACCUGGGGCUGCGGCCAGAAACGGUGAAGUCAGGAGAAGACGAAGUCGUACACCCUCCCCUAGGAGGCGACAUAGAGAUCCCUCUCCAAGGAAAAGACGUUCUCCGUCUCCAGGGCGCAGGCGUCGCACCCCUUCUCCCCCACGGCGGCGAAGAUCUCCCUCUCCUCCACGCCGCAGGUCUCCAUCUCCACCUCCUCGUCGUCGUUCACCUUCACCACGACGGUACUCUCCCCCUAUCCAGCGUCGCUACAGCCCUUCACCUUUGCCUCCGCAGAAAAGAAAAAUGUCCAACUCUCCCGCGAGGCGUCCUUCUCCAGGAGCAAAGCGGCGUCCGUCCAGGUCGCCUAAGCGCAGAAGUCCUCCUUUACAUCGCAGACGCUCACCUCCGCGGUCGUCAUCGCCACCCAGACACAGAAGGAGUCCAAUGCACUCUGGCUGGCAAGGCAGGGAUACACGGUCACCCCCUCGCAUGUCUCCGUCCCCUGUAGGCCGGGGCCGAGCUGCUAGGGUUUCCACCAGUCCACAGGGUCGCUUUGAGAAAUCCGUGUCUCCUAACCAUCGCAAGCCACAGUCACCCAUGCAUAGUAACAACAAACCAAUUCGUAGGGUUUCCCGCACUCCAGAGCCACGCAACCAGAGAGCUUCAGUGAGUCCUCAGCCUAUGAGAAAAGUAUCUUCCAGAUCUAGAUCUGCGUCUCCUCAACCAGCAGCUCAAAAACGCCCACUUCCGGCUUCAGCUUCCCGCUCACCGUCUCGCUCCACCAGCAGGUCACCACCUCCAGCCAAAAAGCCCAGCAGUGCUUCCCUCAGUCGCUCUCCAAGCAAGACUUCUGACAUUGAUGGCAGUGGAAAGAAAAAGAAGAAGAAGAAGGAAAAGAAACAUAAGAAGGAGAAGAAACACAAGAAACACAAGAAGCAUAAGAGGGAGAAGAUCGGUGGAACUGGCACCACCGCCGCUGCCGCUGCAGCCGGUGGUGGUGGUGGUGGCACUGGUACUGGAGAUGAACAAGAAAACCAGGCCACGGAGCAGGACGGAGAUUCUAGAAAGGAGUCUGACAGUGAAGUAGACGACAGCCUGGACGACCUGGAGAAGCACCUGAGGGAAAAGGCCCUGCGUUCCAUGAGGAAAGCCCAGUUGUCUCCGUCACAGAUGUCGUAGAACCACCAGGCUCCUCCGACUUUUUUGAAAUUUGAUGUUGCUUAUCUACCCAGAUCCACUUGUUUAGAAUGUAAAAGUUUUUGUUCCCUGUUUUUUUUUUUUUUUUGUUUGUUUUGUUUUUCUUCUCACUGGUUUGGUACAUUUUGAAGAGUUUGUUGCAUUCAGAGUUUGGCGUGUCAGUUGAAAACCCCAAUAGGAAGUCUGUGUUCAUUUAAAACUGUCAAGCAGGGGGAGAUAAUUUAAAGCUCAGCGGUUGGAGUCAAACCGGUUUGAGACUGGUUUCGGAUAUUUUUCCACAGCCUACAUUAGACUUGCAUGUUUAGCAGUUGUCUCUGAUGUGCAUGAACCACUGACUUUAUGGAGUUUAGAGAACAAAAUACAGUACAAUACUGCUAACUGCUGCCUGUGCGUACUGGCAGCAGCGGCACAGCCCUGUGCCCUUUAAUGAAUCUGAUUGUCUUUUUCCCAACAUUCAAGUUAAAUAGAGGUGUUUGGCAUUGUCUAACCUGCUGUUUUUUUUCUUCUUCUUCCUUUUUUUAGUUGGAAACCAGUCUAAAGUGAUGUGGACAAUGCUUUAAUUUUUCAAAAAUCAAUAUGUAAUUUUAUGUUGAUACUCAUACGCUGAGCUUAUCUUUGUUUGACUCCUGCAUCCUUUUCUUAGUUACCUUGAUUCUUACCAUGUGUUCAUUCUGUCAGAAUUAAAACCUUUUUAUAGGACGUGUAA